AUGGGAGGCAUCCUUGUGGGAAGUCGGCUAUGGAAAGAUACAAGGCGGAAACCAACCCAUACUAUGAGAUACUUUCUUGACAGAGCAGAUGAGUUUAUUAAAUUGGAAGAAGCCGAGCGAAACGCUCAAAACUUCAACCACACUAAGAAUAAAAAAAACGGAACAAGCUCAAAUAGUCAAAGCUCUCAAGGGGGUAACGCUAGGAAUGGCUCCAACAAUGGUAAGAGAGGGAAUAACAGUAAUGGCGGUAACAACAAUGAUAACAAAAGACUAAAGAAUACCCCCGAGCCAGCCAGGCGAGAUCCAAUUCCAAGGUUCACCACCUAUAGCCUGCUCCUAGACACAAGAGAAAAUAUCUACAAUGCAACUCACUCAGUGGUACCGUACCGCAAACCUUAUCCCAUGAGAAAGGACAUUAGCAAACGCGACAUGAACAAGUUUUGUCGAUUCCACAAUGACUACGGUCAUGACACCGAUGAGUGCAUUAAUCUGAAGGAGGAAAUAGAGUUUCUCAUAAGACAAAACAACCCCAACUUGAAAAGAUAUGUACGACGGGACAAUGACCGGCCCCAACGACAACAACAACAACAAGCAGUUGGAGAUGACCAACAAUUGUUACCUCCCCCCGUUGCGGGCCGUUUGGACAUUAUAUCUGGAGGACCUCACCUUGCGGGAACUCCGGAAAGUCCCGAGAGAAAGGACACCAAACACGUUCGAUAUCCACACAACGACCCCUUGGUAGUAGAGGUACAAGUCACCAAUAUGAUUGUGGCAAGGACAAUGAUUGAUAAUGGGUCAUCAGCCAAUAUCCUCUUCAAGUCCUCAUUGGAAAGGAUGGGUUUGGGAGCAAACGAUUUAGAGCCCUGCGAACAUCUCAUCUAUGGAUUCACAGGAAGUGGUAUGGCACCGGCUGGACUUAUUAAGUUACCAUUGACAGUGGGAACAGCCCCCAAGAGUGUCACUAUCAUGGCCUUAUUCGUGGUAUUGGAUACAAUAUCUCCCUACAACGCCUUAAUCGGCCGCCCAACCCUGUAUGACCUAAAAGCAGUCACUUCUAUCUUUCACCUCCUCGUCAAGUUUCCUACCAAGGGUGGAAUUGGCUACUUGAAGGGCAAUCAAAUAGUAGCACGAGAGUGUUACAACCUAUCCAUCGCAACCAAGGAGAAAGCAGCCAAAUCCCUCAAAGCUACGGCGAGUAGUUCUCAACAAUGA